CGGUGGAGAGGGAGGCGGCUAUAGAACAGAGAGUGACAUCAUCAGCGAGCUGCCAUGGAGGCCAGGAGGGGAGUGUGUUAUUCACAACUGAGGCGAAACACAGAAGUGUGUGUGUGGGAGGUGGGGGUGUGGAACGAGUUCACAACAGUUCCUGAAGAAAGCAGGAGCGAAACGUCUCUGAAGCCCUGCAUGGAAGUGGCCCAGUGGACCUAGUAGACUGGGGGAAUUGACAGGAGUCAGCCAGAGCCAAUGUUUCAGUGCUAAAAGAAAGGGCAGAGAUAAACGAAGAAAAACUGGAGGGACGAAGGGAGGAGAAACAUCCAAGCUGGGACAUGGCACCUUUCUUCAGCUGGGUGUCGAAGGUCCCUGAGGUCAUCAGUACACUGAAGCAGGUGGGAAAGAAUGUCCCGGAAGCCGAGGUCCGCGUCAGAGGGGCUGCUGGAGAGGACGGCAUCGCACCUGCCAAGAAGUUUGAAGUCCGAUUCCGGGGGCGUGUCAGCGUAGAGAACAAUAACACCCCUCCAUCUCUCAUCGACGAGUGUGUCGAUUGGCUAGCGCUGGACGGUGGGCCGGACUUAAGGGCCAAGCCCUUACCCAGGACGAGUGACCACACUGUGGACUUGGCCAAAAUGGCCACCCAGAUCCGGCUCCUCUUCCAGCCAACCUCCAGGUCGGCACCGGAGAAAACGGCUUGGGUGAGGGAGGCUGGGACUACAGGAUCUCCACGCAGAGGACAGGAAACUGCAGAGCAUCAUCAGGGUGACACCAGCAGGUCUGGGUUGACCCAACCCACCCUCACCGUGGAAAACCGCCCAGUGCUACUCAUGAUUGGCCAAUCUCAGAUUUAUAUCAUGAAUCCUGACACCAAGAAAGUGGCCAUUGAAAGGAACUUCAGUGAAAUGUCCUUCUGCUCUCAGGGAAUCAGACACCUGGAUCACUUUGGGUUUGUCUGCAGGGAGCCCCAAGAGAGCGCCACCUGGCGGCGGGUCUGCUACAUCUUUCAGUGCCAUGCAGGCCCCCAGGUGGAUGAGAUCAUGCUCACUUUGAAACAGGCAUUCUCUGCAGCCACCCCACCUCCAAGUCCAAGGACCCAAAGCCUUUCAUGCUGCCCUGUGCAGCAAAUGCACCAGCUCUGUGACAGGAUACAAGGUCUGCAGCCGACGAGCGCCAAGCUAGAGCUCCAGAAGCACAUAGCUACCCUGGACAGCAAUCAUCAGGCUUCCAUUCUCGAGAGUGCCCUGAGGUCAAAACCCAAAACAGCGCAGGAGGAGACUGAGGCUCUGCUAUCCAGCCUGCGCCGUUUUUAUGAAGAGCGACAGAAAGCCCACCAGAACAACCCCAACGGCGUUCUCACACAGUUUGCAGAGACCAUGGGGGGUGCUGUGAAGGCUCGCGAGAGGAGCGGUGAGGCGCACGGCGAGCGGCAGAAAAGGCCCCUGAGUGAACCGCUGGAGAUCCUGUGGAAGGGCAGCAGCACUUCCUGGGCCACCGUCUGCAGCAGCGGAGAGGGCGAGUCAGUGAGCUGCCCCCCCAGCCCCCCCACCUAUGCCAUCCCAUCCGGUUCUGGCGGUUUCUCCAGCCCCACCCAGGAGAAUGCACUGGAAGGGCCCCUGAGCCUCCAGGCCCCCCACUCCUACUCAUCCAAGGGUGACUCCACCCAAAAAUACUCCCCAUCCAGAGGCUACCAGCAGCUGGGGUUUCGGCACCGGGCCAGCACCUACAGUCACCCAGCUCAGCGCCACAAUCCCAGAUCCGAUGCCUGGCAAGCGUUUGUCACGUCGGUCAAACCCAGACUGAGGCAUAACUCCGUGAGCACCGACAGCCCCUGUCACGGCUGCGACAUGCCGGAUCCCUCCGGCCUGGACGCCGUCGGGGACUCUGACGACAGCUCUCACCAUCACGCCGUGCCCUGGAGGCAGAAGAUCUUCCUAAGGGUGGCUGCAUCCCAGAGGCCCUGUAGUGCCCCUCCCAGAUACACUACCGGUGGACCCUCUGUGGAGGGAGGGGGCAGCUCGGAGGGUGGAGUGUCCUUCAGGGAGGCUGACGAGGGUCCGGCGAGGCGGAGGGGGUCUCUCAUGAGGGAGCGCUGGAGGAAGGCCAUCUUGCAGCAGAUCCUGCUGCUGAGGAUGGAGCAGGAGAACCAGAAGCUGCAAGCCUCCGAGAGUGACCUCCAGAACAAGCGGCUGAAGCUGGGUUAUGAGGAGCUCACGCCGUGCUUGAAGGACGUCACCGUGGUGUGGGAGCAGAUGCUGGGGACCCCAGGGAGAACCAAAGUCCAGUUUGACAUGGAAAAGAUCCACGGCGCCGUGUGGCAGGGCGUCCCCAAGAGCCACCGGGGCGAGAUCUGGAGGUUCCUCUCGGAGCAGCACUUCCUGAGACAGCGGAUCCCCUGCCGCCACGCCGGUCGGGACGCCCCGUACAGAGACCUCCUCGGGCAGUUCACUACCCAACAGCAUGCCAUCCUCAUCGAUCUAGGUCGGACUUUCCCCACGCACCCUUACUUCUCGGCUAAGCAUGGCUUGGGCCAGCGAUCCCUUUACAACCUGCUAAAGGCCUACUCACUGCUGGACUCUGAGGUGGGAUACUGCCAGGGCCUGAGCUUCGUAGCUGGGGUUCUUUUGCUGCACAUGGAUGAGGAGGAGGCCUUCAGCAUGCUCACCUUCCUGAUGUACGACUUGGGGCUGCGCAAACAAUACCGGCCGGACAUGAUUAUCCUCCAGAUCCAGAUGUACCAGCUGUCCCGGCUGCUCCAUGACUACCACCGAGAGCUCUACUGCCACCUGGAGAAGCACAACAUCGGGCCCAGCCUGUAUGCCACUCCCUGGUUCCUCACCAUCUUCGCUUCGCAUUUCCCCCUGGGCUUCGUGGCGCGUGUCUUCGACAUGCUGCUCCUCCAGGGCUCGGAGGCUAUCUUUAAGGUGGCCCUGAGUCUUCUGGGGAGUCAUAAGCCACUAAUCAUGCAGCAAAACAGCCUGGAAGCCAUCGUGGACUUCAUCAAGUCCACCCUGCCCAAGCUGGGCUUGGUGCAGAUGGAGAAGACCAUCAAUCAGGUGUUGGAGAUGGAUCUGUCCAAGCAGCUACAGGCCUAUGAGGUGGAGUAUCACGUGCUGCAGGACCAACUUUUAGAAGCCCCUGCCUCGCUCAGCCAGCAGCAGAGGACAGCCCAACUGGAGAGGGCCAACCGGUGCCUGCGGCAGCAGAACUUGGACCUGCUGGAAGAGCUUCAGGUGGCGCACGCCAAGCUGGACUCGCUAGAGACAAAUGUGGCAGAGCUCUUGAGCCGUGAGGGGGACCUGCAUCAGAAGAUCAGGGCUCUUGAGCUCGAGAGAGACUCCCUGCUGAAGACGGUGGCACAGCUACAGGCCGAGUGCUGGGAUCACGCCCCAGCUAAUGGAGACCCUCUGGAUGCGUAGCUCUGGCCACAUCACCAGACUGUGUCCCCAGUAACCCCAGCACCUGCUCCCAGUCCCAGAGGGUUCCAGAAGGUUGUGCAAACUGCUCUGUUGGGGACAAACCUACUUUCAUAGAGUAGGAGUUCCCAGCCUUUUCAUGUCCACAGACUGGCUCACACUGUACAACAAUUGCAGUGACAGACAAAAUAAAACCAAAGGGGUAUAAAGUGAACAAAAAUAUGCGACAGAUUGCGUAUUUUCCUGGAUCGCAACAAUUUAUUCUUCAGUAUGGGACGAUCCUGUAAUGUAUGGGACAGAUGGCAACUCUACCAACGGCGUUCCAUGGCCUGGUUACUGUAUGACCUCAGCCAUGUCAGAUUGUCGAAGAAUCAAUGAUCAAUGAUAGACUGCAAAGGCAACAAAUGGAUGUUUCCUUGACCAGGCCUUUGGGCUCAUUCUCUGCUUUGUGCGAAUAUCACUGUAAAGUGCCAAUCUUAUCAAUGCAAACACCUCUAAGUUUACACGUUGAUGUAUAUGGUCAGAUGUCGUUUUAUAAGUGAAUAACUGCAGUGUUUGUGAUCCUUUCAUGUUCUUUGUUUCCAGAGACAACAAGCCUUACAGCACAAAAUACAAAAUGUCCUCAUUCUAA